AUGGAGGACUGGGCUCGCGAUGACGAUCAGGAUGACGUCGCGGAUGUCGAUGAGAUUGCGAACGAAUUCGAUACACCUUCAACUAACGAUGCUUUACCCCAGCUGUCCAGCUGUAAGGAGGUGGCGGAUGUCAGUGCGCCAACAAUUAAACAACAGAGACCUCCUUUACCGGUAAAGCCGCCAAUUUGGGCCGAGUCUCGCCAAGAAGUCUGUGAAUCAUUCGACUACUUUCGAAGCUACCAGAGUGGUGUUUAUUCUUUGAAGGAUAUUGUUAAAGGCUAUCUUUUGGGCGGUUCACCCGCAAGCCGUGAUAUCUUUCAUUGUGGGGGAAGAUUGAUUAUUUCCCAUGGUGGCGGUAAAGCUGAGAGCAUCCUCGAUUACCGGGUUGGUGCUGCUCGGUUUCAACAGGCUCAGGAUCAAGAAGCCACAGACAAAUCCGUCCGUGCUCUACUAAAGAGCUACACAGACAAACGACCUUUGGUUCUUCUAGCUGAUGAGAAGUACGCUCUAUUCCCUUUUGAUCUUGGUGCGUCGGGCUGCACGUAUGUCGUCCUUGGAUUAUAUUGGAUAUCUCAUGCAUGGGCCGAGUAUCAACCCGCAUCCAAUGGCUGCGGGAGGGUUGUCCGCUGGAAGUUUGCUUUCCAGUGGUGCGAAGGACAAGGCAGUCCGUGGUGGACAUCAUUCAAGAGCGAUGAUGUGGAUAUGCUUCACGAUCCAGUCAGAGGUGGGUUACUGAUAUUCUCCCAUUCGAUAUUUCUCACCCUUGAGCAGAUUGUCGAUCCAUCGCUGCCAAAUGCCGUCGCCAACGUGACGUGCAACAAAUGUUCUCAGAAGAGUCCUAUUGUUUACUCUCAGGGAUGGAUGUGUCUGAACCCUUCCUGCACUUCCUUUUGGAGUCUAGGAGGACGAGAAUUGGAACAACUUGAUUAUGACACUGCAUUUUUACGUCCAAUUGCAAUGGUAUUUACCAAUCUUCCAGAGCUUCGCCCUGCGAAGCUCAUUGAACCGAUGGAUUCCAUCACUACUUCGUAUGCAUUUAGCAAGGGUUGGCACUGCGAAAAGUGCGGGCGCCUUUCGAGUCGUUUCAAAUGGGAACAUUGGGAAUGUUCUAAUUGUCAUUCGAUUCACAAAGUUCCCGGAAGACUGCGGACAGCAAAAGAAUUUUGGCACCAGCGACCAUCAGUAGAGUAUCUACACUCGCAUGUUGGAAAACAAUCAGGGAUCGUCGCUCGUCGACCAGAGCCAUUCGAAUUGGGCGAUGGCGGAGGAUUCACACAUUACCUCACCUUCAUUCUCCCUCAUGAAAGAGGAAGGAUCCAUCUCAUAUUGGGCACUCCAUUGGCAAAUAAACAGGCGGACGAGAUAUUUCGACAGUAUCAGGAGCAAGCCAACGAAGGAGAACUGCUUCUUAGAAGAUACCCACUCAGGCUUGUGGUUCGUGGAACUUUCCUUACUAAUUAUUUUUCUCAAAAUUCGGGCGAACCAUACCAGUAUGUUGGUGGAACAGGAAAUACCGUACCUUUCGAUAAGGCACCAUCAUCUGUGUGUGGUGCCCUCGCCUUGAUCAAAGAGAGAUCUCGUCUCGCUCUUCAAAAAGAUAUACCAUUUAACGAGAUCCUCAGCGCUGCAUAUAUGGAAAAACAAAAGAUGUCUUUCCACAGUGAUAGUGAACACGGGCUAGGUCCUGUCGUAGCUUCCCUUUCACUAGGAUCUGCGGCGUUCAUGCAUUUUCGUGCCCGUGCUACAUCAAAGGAGCCAAAACAUUCAUCGUCAAACGUGCUGACUUUGAUCCUCCGACACGGAGACGUACUGAUCAUGGAAGGCGGUGGUGUCCAACAGUAUUAUGAGCACACUGUCAUACCCAUGAAUUUUCGCAUUGCUGCUACUGCUCGUUUCAUUGGAACUGCAUGA